AUGGAGGAAGAUGCUGCUGAUCAUUUACGGUGUAACGAUAACAACAUUAACGACAUAGACCGUUUGCCGUCAGAGUUUAUGACCGGGAAACCAACAUCCACGGCGGAGCUACAGCCGCCGCCACCACCACCGUUCUUGGUGAAGACAUACAAGGUGGUUGAGGAUCCGACAACAGACGAGGUUAUAUCUUGGAACGGAGAUGGAAGCGGCUUCGUCGUGUGGCAACCGGCGGAGUUCGCUAGAGAUCUCUUACCAACACUUUUCAAGCAUUGCAACUUCUCUAGCUUUGUUCGCCAGCUCAACACUUACGGGUUUCGGAAAGUUACGACGAUAAGAUGGGAAUUUAGUAAUGAGAUGUUUCGAAAGGGGCAAAGAGAGCUUAUGUGCAAUAUCCGAAGAAGGAAGAGUUGGUCACACUCACACUCACACAACAAGUCUCAUCAGGUUGUACCAACGACAACAGCGACGGUGAAUCAAGAAGAUCAUCAACGGCUUGGGAUUGAUCAUAACCAUGAGGAUCAACGGUCUUCCUCAACUUCCUCCUCCUUUGUAUACUCUGCAUUACUCGACGAAAACAAGUGCUUGAAGAAUGAAAAUGAGCUCUUGAGCUCAGAACUCGACAAGACCAAGAAGAAAUGCAAACAGCUUAUGGAGUUGGUGGAGAGAUACGGAGGAGGAGAAGAAGACGAAGAAGAAGGAAACUACACCGAUGAUGAUAAUGAAGAUGAGGGGCUUAAGUUGUUUGGAGUGAAGCUGGAGUGA